GGAAGACGGACGACGUUGACUUCACCACUGAAGUCUGCUCGGAGGUCAGUCAGCAAGGGAGCGAUCGAGAUUGACUGAAGGGGCAGGUGGAGGGGUAGGCGAGAUGGUGGCAUCUCGUGGUCAGCGUGGACAAGGCGUCCUUGCGCAGGGAACAACGCAUGUGGAGCUUCUACAGGAGACAGGUUUAUCAGAGAAUCUUCAACGUCAAGCACAGGAAUGGGUGGCCGAGCUGGAGGACACGCAGCAGCGUAUGCAACAGAUUGUUGGAGCCUUGGCCUCCGUGGCCCGGGCUGGGUCGGUGGUGGAUUGGGGGGGAUCUACCAUGACCGCAUGGCUGGAGGAUAAGUGCCAGCAGUUGUCAACUAUCCUCUGGCAGAUUGUGGAGGAUCCAGAACUGGAGCCAUUUGUAGAUUGGCAGCGGGCGAACACUCUGAUAAUGAAUUGUAACAUGAUCUUCAGCGACGGAGUAGAUUACUACGAUCAAUUGAAGGAGAGGCUGUCGAUUGAAACAUCUAUGACGGCGCGUGCGACUAUGAUUUCGGCGACAACGACAAUCAACACGAUGGAGCUGACUUCACUACUUGCAUCUGCAGCAGCGUCAGCAACGUCUGACUUUGCGAAGACAACCAUGCCAAGAGGAGGGAGGGGGACGCGGCCGCCAUGGAGGCCAUUGGGGGCAUCGGGAGGUUAUGAGCGGCAUGAGUCUCGCCACAGGGAGCACACGCCCGUAUAUGAUGACGGGGAUAUAGAGCUCUUUUUGGAUGACUUCCGAGGACAUGCGGACCAUAUGGGAUGGACAAUGACUCAGACGAUUGAGAGGCUAAGAGGAGCUGAUAGGUUUGAGGAGCCCAUCGCGAGGAUUUGUAGGGAGCCAAGGACUUGGCUGGAGGUGGAGAUGAGGAUGCAGGAGUUACGACCAUCGCCUGUGGGGCCAGAUGGCAGGCCAAUUCGCCUGGAGAUUGGGAAUGUGGAGGACUUCAUCCCCGCUUUCGAGCAGUUCAUGCACGAUCAGCGCGUAUUGAGGGAUGAGUGGGCGCGGACGUCUCACCAGUACGCGGGAGAGGAGGUGGCGCCAUCUGGAGGGUCAUUGCAGGAGUUGAAGGCGCACUUGGAUAUGUCACAGUGGAGAGUGCCUCAGGCGGGUGAGGGGCAUGACGAGCCGACUAGAGAUAUGCUACAAGAGGAGAUCCAUGAGCCUGAGUGGGAGAUAAGGCAGAGUGCCGAGAGAGGUGCUAUGGAGGAGGUGGUAGAGGUUGGAGAGGACACGCCACCCCAGGCGCUUGCUGCAGAGUUGGGGCCAGAGAUUGUACCGGAGAUCGCCCGCGAGGAGGAGGAGGAGCCUCAAUAGGUACCUGAUGUUGGAAGUUGAUCUGGUCGGAACGAAGAUGAAGGAAGCGAGUCAUGGGGUGGGGCCAAUAGGACAGAGAGAGAGGAGCCUGCCAAGGUAGUGGACGGCUAUGUAUCCCCGUAG